AUGGAGAACGCAAAUCGACCUGUUCCCCCUGCGCCACAGCAACAGGCCUCACUAAUCCGACCAGAACAAGUCCAGAGACUCCCGCAACUCAACGCAUCUCAGAAGCAACAAUUCGAACAAGGUGUCAAGAGGUUUUGGGACAUCCUUAACAGCAGCCAGCAGGGAGAUCCCAAGUACAAUGAAGCCUAUGCAGGUCUGGUCCGUACGUCGAGUCAAUUGAUGGCUGGGAUGAAACAAUGGCAGCAAGCUGCAAAACAGAGACAACUUGCUCAACAAAAUGGCCAACAGCAACAACAACCACAGCAACAGCCGAAUCAAUCGGCGGCCAACCAACAGGCUCCCAAACCACCGGUCCAAGCCCCAACUGCACCUGGUGCACCUGCUCAACCCGCCACCAAUAAUACCACAUUACAAUUCAGUCAAUUGAUGCCGGAGAUUCAGAGGAAAGUGAAAGAACAGCACUUCUAUUACCCGCCCGCAAUGACAAAGGGCACUGAACCCGCAGAGGUGUGGCUACGAGAAGCAAAGACUCGACUUGGCCAGGCGCUCCAGAGGCUUCAGGUGGCCAAACAGAAAAAAGCCGAAUUCCAAAGGCAGGCAUCACAGAGGUCACAGCAAGGGAAUCCACUGAAUCCGCAAGAGCAGGAAGUUUUCGCCAGCAAAGUUGCGCAGUGCGACCGAGCAGUGGCUGAGAGCACCUCCUUCAUGAAGAAAUUCAAUGAACAGCAGGAGCAGUUCCGAGCAGCCCAACCACAGAAUCAAUUCAGUAAGCAACCGACAGCUGGUGGAGAUGGUACCGAGCAGGCACCCGUUGCGCAUUUACAGCCUGCUGUCCAGGGCCCGACAGCACAUUCUAUUAGCUCAGCCGUCUCCGCUGCACGUAAUCAAGCAAGUGCUACUCAAGCGACAAGCCCGACCACUGCAGCGCCUCAAAUUAGCCAGGCCAUUGCGGCAACUGCUCAAGCAACUCCGGUCACGGCAACUCCGACCACGUUUCCACCUGUUGGUGCUGCAGGAGAUGGUGCGGCAGGACCUCGUCCAGUCUCCCACCAAGGACAACCAAUGCCUCCACAAGCAUUACCACAUAGCGCACAGGCUACCAUUCAUCCUCACCCCCUGAAUACCAGCAUCAACGGCGCCAAAACAUCAACACCGACCAUCACCAAGAAUCUUCAGGUGACGGAGCCCAAACCUGUAACAAUGCCACCAUCAAGGCCUACCCUGACCGGAGGGGCAGGGGUCGGAUUGCCUGGUCAACUAGCACAGCCUGCUAUCUCCACACUUCCUGGUUAUGUUCUCGAGUCAAGCGAGGACGGAAGGGUGCUUUCCAAAAAGAAAUUGAACGAGUUGGUUCGAGAGAUCUGUGGCCCGGGUCCCGAGGAACAACUCGACCCAGAGGCAGAAGAGAUCUUUCUUUCCCUUGCUGACGAUUUUGUCGAUGAGCUAGUUUCGUCAGCAUGCAAGCUUGCCAAGUUACGAGGAUCCUCGAGUCUGGAAGUCCGUGAUUUACAAAUUGUGCUCGAACGCCAAUACAAUAUUCGAGUCCCAGGGGUAUCGACAGAUGAAAUCCGGACGGUUCGACGACCCCAACCAGCACCUGGUUGGGCGCACAAGAUGAGUGCGGUACAGGCAGCCAAAUUGACGGUGGGAGGCUCGGCAGCAGCUGCGACCAGCAGCGGUGGGAAGGAUAACUGA